AUGCCGGGGCUGCGGCCACAUUUCGGGGUGGCCAUGGGGCUACUGCGGGCGCUGCUGCUCCUCGGGGGGCUGCACCUGCCCCCCACCCUGGGGCUUCUCCAGGAACCCCCCAGGGAGUACGCGGGACCCCCCGGCAGCUAUUUCGGCUUCGCCCUGGAUUUCCUCAUGGAGGAGGGCAGGCCCAGCGUGGCUGUGGGGGCUCCACGAGCCAACACCUCCCAGCCCGGCGUGGCUCAGCCCGGUGCCGUCUUCCUCUGCUCCUGGCCCCCCGGCGAGACCCCCUGCCGCCCCCUCCCCAUCGACACCGCGGGGGACGAGACCGAGACCCAGGGCACCUUGGAAUUCCACACCUACAAGUCUCACCAGUGGCUGGGCGCGUCCGUCACCAGCUGGGACGGCAAACUGGUGGCCUGCGCCCCGCUGCAGCACUGGAACGCGGACGGCACGCUGGUGCUGGGUGCCCCCGGCGGGUAUUACUUCACGGGGCUCCUGUACUCGGUGGAGGUGAACACCAUCCUCAGCCGCUUCCACGGCACGUCACUGCUCUGGCUGGGGACCCCGGGGCGCCCCACGGUGCCCGUGUCCCUGGAAUACGAGGAUGGGUACCGGGGGUACUCGGUGGCUGUGGGCGAGUUCGAUGGCGACCCCAGAACCAAAGAGUACGUCGUGGGGGUCCCCAACAAGAGAGACACAAAGGGUGAGGUGGAGAUCUUCACUGCGGGGCACACCCUGCGCCGGCUGCGGGGCAUCGACAGCGAGCAGGUGGCAUCGUACUUCGGGCACACGGUGGCCGUGGCCGACGCCAACGGGGACGG